AUGUCUGAAGAAGCACCCUUGCUAGGGACGUCCAGACAGCGAUACAUCACCGAUGAAGAAAACAUAAAUGCUCCUGAACUCAGAGUUCCAAACAAUACCGAAAUAGAGGGCUCCCUGGGCUCCGCCUCUUCUCCAGAUACCACUGUGGGGGAGGAGCUGUUGAAAACACGGCCUUCGUUGCGGGAGAAGCAGCGCGAGUUUCUACGGAAACGGUUCUGGUGGUUCUGUAUUUUUGGCUUGCUCGCGUUGAUUGUGCUCCAGCUUUCGUUUCUCCCUCGAACCUCGCUUAACCGAGACUUCAGAAGGUGGCACGACUUGCAUCUCAACAAAACAGACCUCAAGCGGAUCUUUUUGGCCCAGUUGAAGAUCGGCCGGCCGGACGACACGGGCGUGACUAACGAAAAGCACAUUGGCGAGUGGCUCCGUAACUUUACCAAUAUCAACAGCCAGGGCGUCAUAGUGGCCGAUAAGAACUACCCCGAGUUGGCCUCCUUCGUGGAGAAACGCUUUGCCGACUUUGGCCUUUCCACGCUGUCCUACGAGUACGAGCUUCCCAGGCUGCUCAGGCUUCCAGGCGCGUCCAGAGUCGAGCUUUUCGACUCCGAGUCUCACAGGGUCUUGUACUCCGCCGAUCUUGAGGAGGUCACGAGCUCGUGGCGCUUCAAGGACAUCAAGACGCCCGCUUUCUUUCCGUUUGGAUCCGUGGGCUCCGUGUCUGGCGACUUUGUGUACGUCCAUGGCGGCACGCCCGCAGACUACGACUUGCUCGAGCUGAACGGCAUCUCUGUCGUGGCCAAAACCGCCUUGAUCGCAAGUCUGGAAUCCAAGGACUACUCGGUGACAGACCGUGUGAACUAUGCCAUCUUCAGAGGCGCCCAGGCUGUGGUUGUCAUAGGCUCGGACGACUUGAAGCUGACCGUGCUGAGAAACUACAAGCCAGCCGAGGUACCAAACCCCGAGAUGUUAUUCCCGGCGAGUCACGACUCCAUGAAGCCUAUUUUGGAGGCAUUGGGUCCUGGUAGGGGUAACUUCUCGCACUGGAAGUUUGCACCAUACUCUAAGCUGCUUCGACUUAGGGUAUCCGCGCAGGACAACGGCCGUGCUGGUUCUGCCAAAGUGGUCUUUGGGUCUAUCAAGGGCGUCAUCAACGAUGGUGAAAUUGUUAUUGGCGCGGCCAGAGACUCUCUCACAUCUUUGAACCCCAGCAGUGGGCAUGCGAUCAUGUUAGAGGUCAUGAGAGCAUUCAAGCGUCUUCGUAACCUUGGCUGGAAACCAUUGCGUACCAUCAGAUUCGUUUCCUGGGACGCCUCUAGGAGCAGUCAGCUUGGUGCUAAGGCAGCGUUGCUGGACCCGAAUGUCUUCCCAGACAAUAUGCCAUUGAUUGCUUACAUCAAUCUAGACGAGGAUGUGGUCACUGGAAGCCAUUUUUCUGUUGACCUGAGUCCGAUGCUCAACCAUAUCAUCAACCAGGUCGCUGAGAUUGUGCCAUUCUCGAAGAACUCAACAGCUUACAAGCGCGUCAUGAAGCUGGCAGGCGACGAGCUCCCUGAGAACGAUGAUGACGAUGAGACUUCGUUAUAUCGCUACUGGCGUAAAGAGAGUGGGGCGAAGAUCAACAACAUACUUGGAGAUACCUUUACUGCCAAAGACGCUGGCGUCUUUCAGUCUAGAGGUGAUACCCCUGUUGUCAACUUCAAGUUCUCAGAAAGCUCGCAACACAAUGAAUCUACGUAUGUCCCUGAGCUGGACCAAUACUCCUACAGCUGGUUGAAGGAUAUUGAUCCUGACUUUGAUCUUCAUGGCCUGUUGGUUCGUUUCCUUGGCCUUCUAGUGCUUUCUUUAGAGGAGCGUGAAGUGAUCGACUAUCGUUUGGAACCUUACUUUGACUUUGCACAGCAGCGGUUUUCUCUCUUCCGUGAAGCCAUGGGCAAACAGCUUGAGGAAUGGCGGUCAGAGAAGGUUGACUCUUUCAUCCUUGAAAAGUCUACCAUUCUCAAAGACAUUCUAGAAAACAGGAAGUCUACUGCGUACUUUGCACCCGGUAUCUGGAGUCUCGAGAAUGAGGAGGUCACUGUCGAGGACGUCCUCGAACAAUUUGACAAGCUUCUUAAGGACGCAAGUGCACAGUCUUUGAUUUUCGACGCAUACAACCACGAUGUCGAAAACCUCCUUACUGAAGAUUACCCUUGGUACAAGUUACUCAAGAAGGUACACAUCUAUGCAAAGUUUAAAGUUACAAAUUACAAGCUCUUACGUGUGGAGAAAGACCUUGCUGCGACUGAUGACGAUAUCGACUAUGGUGGGGAUAUUGUCAAGCGCCACUUUAUGUACGAGGCUCCUGUCAAGAAGGGGACCUGCUAUGACACGAAGGAGAAAGAACAGAGGGGAGCGUUUGCCGGUCUUUUCCGUUCAGUCGAAGAGGGCGACUUAGAGCAGCUAAUUAGGUUGAUCAGCGUGCGGUACGAGCAUCUUCACGUUAUCCACAAGAAAAUACAAUAA